AUGUUUUCAGGACUCACCCUCACAGUGGAUGGAGAAGGUAGUCUGGUUUAGUCCAGCGGGGAACAGCUCUCCAUCAUGGAUCCGCUCGACAAGCUGAGCAGAGAGAAGUUGAUCUUCUAUCUGACAGUGCCGCUGUCUUCAAUCAUCAUCUUCUCCAACCUCUUCAUCAUAAUAUGCAUCGCCUGCAACCGUCAGCUGCAUAACACCCCAAAUUACUUCUUCUUGAGCCUGCUAGUAGCCGACUUGUGCACCGGCAUCACCCUGCCCUUCAUUCCCCGCAUGACGCUCGACCAGCAGCUGGAUUUCAAGCACUGCUUGGUGAUGUACAUCUUCCCAAACUUUCUGUUCCUGUCGUUCCUCUUCAAUCUGGUGAUGGUGCAUUACGAACGCUACCUGUGCAUCAUCAGCCCGCUCCACCACAGCCAGUUCUGGGUUCACCACUGCUUCCCACUGGCCUUGUUGACCGUUUGGCUCCCGCCAUUGCUGUACGCAUCACUUCCUGCCUUUGGAUGGAAUAAUUGGGUUGAACCCAAUGCCUACAAGAGCUCCGAUUCAAACAAAACGUUCUUGAGAUCAACCACAUCUCGCAACUCCUCCAAAGUGGAUGAGGUUUGCUCCUACAAACAGGUCUUUCCCAAGGCCUUCAUUUUUUUGGAAGUGUGCGGACUGGUGCUUCUGGCCAUGCUGUCCAUUGUAGCCAUGAUGGGACGGGUGUUGUGGAUCACGCGCAAGCAGCUGCAGAACAUCUGUAAGCUCCACCGCGCCGUGGACCGUCUUCAGCAGCAGCAGCCAUCCGACCACGAGCAGCAGCUAAACCUGCGCUACGCCAAAUGCGUGGCUGCCGUGUCUCUCACGUUCCUGGUCUGCUGGGUGCCGUAUAUCAUCUACCAGCUCAUGUCUGUGACGGCUCUGCAGACCGGGGUGAGCUUGCCGAGCUCUUCUCUGUACAUCAUCAUGUCCUGUACAGGAAUCGGAAGCAUGGCUGUCAUUCCGCUCAUACUGGGACUGGCCAACAAGCAGUACACUGAGCCCAUCAGCAGGCUGAUGCUUAAACUGAGAAACCGCUGGAGAGGAGGACAAAAUAGCAGAGAUAUUGCACUUUGACAAUUGGACAGUGAGUA